AACACCGCUCCACAGGGGAGUUCCUUAGCUUGUUUCGAUGAUCUGUGAAACCUGAGCAGAGGAGGGCGUGGCAUCGCCGGGGCCCUUUCAGCCUGGCUGCGGCAUAGGGUCUUCGGAUCUAACGUUCCGUGGCCCCACAACGGUCCUAUUUCGCGCCUGAGGUUCAGAGGGCGCAAGGCAGAGGACCAGAGAUCUUCUGGACUUUUGUGUACUAGUUGGUUUUCGAACUGGAGGGGUCUUCGGGAUCGCCAUUCCGAGCCCUUCGCUUUACAGACGAGGAAACCGCUCCAGAGAGAGACAGGAAUGGUCCCAGGUUCCGCUGCCUCCCACACUCCGCACAGGGGUCCAGCAUGUUGGGUGAAAAAGGAGAUAAGGCCAGUUCUGCUUGGAUCCGAGUCUUUUGUUUAGCUCAAGGCUGGGUGCGUUUGGCCUCUGUGUUUUGGGGUUUAGAUGCUCCUGCCGCUUUGGUGGUUAUGAGGGUUCUCCAUGAGAUCCCCUGGUCUGGGCAGGAGCGCUGGAAAGUAGGGACCCGCCUGGUGCCUAUGGCCCAGGAGACGCUCCCUCUCCUUUUACCGAGCCUUAAGGGGUCCUUGGUGGCAAUUCUAUUCAUUCUCACCCCUAAAACCAUGGUGAUAUCGCGAGCCUCUCAGCAGGGAGGUCUCCUGGUGGCCACACUCAGAGGUUCACUUAUUUAUGCCAGAAAUAUCGAAGAGUGGUGCCCAUGAGAAAGGGGCAUUCCCUACAAGGUCCUGAGGGAGAAGGACCCCACUAAAAGGGAGGGCGUGGUGAGAGGCUGAACAUGGCUUCUUGCAAGUGGUGCCUGGAAACCAAGUGUCCUCCUGGAAGGGCUGUGGGCUUAGGAGUUGGAGGUGGUGUGGGAGGGGAGUGACAUCAUAUGCCCCUUGGAACUAUCUCAGUAGUGACGGAAGAUGGACCCACAUAUGGAGAUUCAGCCACCCUCUGACUUCCAGCUGUGACCAUCACCACCAACCACCAUUUCUUGAGCAUCUUGCUCUGUGCUAGGCACUGCUCUGGACGUUGAGGGGGGAUUCAAAAGAGAUAAAAGGCACAGUCCUAUCCCUCAAGCAGCUUGUAAUUUAAUUUGGGAACUGAAGCCCACUCAAAUGAUGCGGCGUAAGAACGGUAACAAGCAUUAUUUCAGUAAGUGCAAGAUGGCAUGGGGUCUCCAAAUGUGUGGGUCUUGAGGGGCUGCUAAGCAGCAGAUUCACAGGAGGGAUGUAGUUAAUAGAGAAGGCUUGCUUCAGUUGGAUAUUACUUUUGGCAUGCCUGGAGCCAUGGGUGUGAGCACGGGGAGGGCCUUGGGAAGCACAAAUAGGGUGACUGCAUGUGCAUGUUGGCAAAUUGCAGGGCAGAGAAGGGGCUGGCUCUGAGGGGAGGGUGAUGCUUGGAGCUGGCCUCCUGUGCUGUCAGUGAGUGGGGGCUGCCGGGAGGGAGGCCUGGGCACCUGCCCCCAGACCUGGCCUGCUUCUUUAUGAUCCUUUUCAAAGGGCACCUUGGGCAGCAUCUUACCUUCCCUGGACAGGAGGAUGGGCCCUCGAACUGGUCUGGGAAAUGGUUCCUAGAGCUUUAGAGAUUGAGGCUAAAAUGGGUACUAGGAAAAAAGUUCGUGCAUUUGUCCGUGUCAAACCCACCGAUGACUUUGCUCAUGAAAUGAUCAGAUUCGGAGAUGACAACAAAAGCAUUGAUAUUCACUUAAAAAAAGAUACUCGGAGGGGAGUUGUCAAUAACCAGCAGACAGAUUGGUCAUUCAAACUGGAUGGAGUUCUCCAUAAUGCCUCCCAGGACUUGGUUUAUGAGACAGUCGCGAAGGAUGUGAUUUCUCAGGCCCUCGAUGGCUAUAAUGGCACCAUCAUGUGUUAUGGGCAGACGGGAGCUGGCAAGACAUACACCAUGACGGGGGCAACUGAGAAUUACAAGCACCGAGGGAUCCUCCCUCGUGCCCUACAGCAGGUUUUUAGGAUGAUUGAAGAACGCCCCACACAUGCCAUCACUGUGCGUGUUUCCUACCUGGAAAUCUAUAAUGAGAGCUUGUUUGAUCUUCUGUCCACUCUGCCCUAUGUUGGACCCUCAGUCACACCAAUGACCAUCGUGGAAAACCCUCAAGGGGUCUUCAUUAAGGGCCUGUCAGUCCACCUCACAAGUCAGGAGGAGGAUGCAUUCAGCCUUCUUUUUGAGGGAGAGACCAACAGGAUUAUAGCCUCCCACACGAUGAACAAAAACUCAUCCAGGUCACACUGCAUUUUCACCAUCUACGUGGAGGCCCAUUCGCGGACACUAUCAGAUGAAAAGUAUAUCACUUCCAAAAUUAACUUGGUGGAUCUAGCAGGCUCAGAAAGGCUGGGGAAGUCUGGGUCUGAGGGCCGAGUCCUGAAGGAAGCUACCUACAUCAACAAGUCACUGUCAUUCCUGGAGCAGGCCAUCAUUGCCCUCGGGGACCAGAAGCGGGACCACAUCCCCUUCCGGCAGUGCAAGCUCACCCACGCCCUGAAGGACUCAUUAGGGGGAAAUUGCAGUAUGGUCCUCGUGACAAACAUCUAUGGAGACGCCGCCCAGUUAGAAGAGACGCUGUCUUCACUGAGGUUUGCCAGCAGGAUGAAGCUCGUCACCACUGAGCCUGCCAUCAAUGAAAAGUAUGACGCUGAGCGAAUGGUCAAGAACUUGGAAAAAGAACUGGCACUGCUCAAGCAGGAGCUAGCCAUCCAUGACAGCUUGGCCAACCGCACCCUUGUGAAUUACGACCCCAUGGAUGAAAUCCAGAUUGCUGAGAUCAACUCCCAGGUGCGGAGGUACCUGGAGGGGACGUUGGACGAGAUGGAUAUAAUCAACCUGAGACAGAUCCAGGAGGUGUUCAACCAGUUCCGGGUGGUUCUGAGCCAACAGGAACAGGAAUUGGAGUCCACUUUACGCAAGAAGUACAUUCUCAUAGACAAGAAUGACUUUGCUGCCAUUUCUGCUGUCCAGAAGGCAGGGCUUGUGGAUGUUGAUGGACACCUAGUGGGGGAGCCUGACGGACAAAGCUUCGGACUUGGGGUUGCCCCUUUCUCUACCAAACCUGGGAAGAAAUCCAAGUCCAGGAAGACAUUCAAAGAGCAGCUCAGCUCCUCUGCAAGAAAGGAAGGUGCCAGCAGCCCUGUGGGUGGCAAAGACUUGGAUGUUUCUUUCUCUAAGACUCAGCUGACCCCAUCCUCCAAGGAUGGGGAUAUCAAAGACAUGCUUCUGCGGGACCGGGAGACCUCCAACAUCGAGCCCCUUCCCUCGGACUCCCCAAAGGAAGAAUUACGCCCACCCAGGUCUAGCACCCCACCCUCCAAGUCUGUGGCCUUCGAGGACUUUAAGAACGAGCGAGGUAGUGAGAUUAACCGCAUCUUCAAAGAAAACAAAUCCAUCUUAAAUGAGCGGAGGAAGAGGGCCAGCAAGACCACACAACGCAUCAAUGCCAUCAAGCGGGAGAUCGACAUCACCAAGGAGGCACUAAAUUUCCAGAAGUCACUAAGGGAAAAGCAAGGUGAGUAUGAGAACAAGGGGCUGAUGAUAAUCGAUGAGGAGGAAUUCCUGCUGAUCCUGAAGCUCAAAGACCUCAAGAAGCAGUACCGUACAGAGUAUCAGGACCUGUGUGACCUCAGGGCUGAGAUCCAGUACUGCCAGCACCUGGUAGAUCAGUGUCGCCACCGCCUGCUCACUGAAUUUGACAUCUGGUACAAUGAGUCCUUCUUCAUCCCCGAGGACAUGCAGGUGGCACUGAAGCCAGGUAGCAGCAUCCGGCCAGGCAUGGUGCCUGUCAGCAGGAUCGUGUCUCUGGGAGAAGAUGACCAGGACAAGUUCAGCCAGCUGCAACAGAUGAUGCUGCCUGACGGCCCUGAUUCCGUCUCCUUCUACAAUGCCAAAGUCAAGACAGAACAGAAGCACAAUUACUUGAAAACCAUGAUGGGCCUCCAGCAGACACACAGAAAAUAGAGACUCCUUGUGAGUGCCUUGAAGGACAAGAUCCCCAGCCCUCCUGCCUGCUUUAGUGGAGCUGCUAAACCACCUGCCCAGAGCUCCAACCACUCUGCUCCAAGGCUGGGGCCCAACCCAGAGAAUACACAGUGUGUGCCAGGAGGCAUAUCCUUCAAAGGACACCCUUGCUUAUCUUCACAGAAUACUUUUGGUUUCAAUUUACUAUCUUAUAUGCGGGGACAGGAUAAAGUCACUUUCUAGUCUGGACUUUUAGUGCUUACCCAAGAACUUUAUUUCCUGUCUGUGAGGAUGUCUUUGCUGUGUACAGGUAGGGUCAGAACUGAGUGUCCAGUGAAAAAGUAGCUCAGCCAGGCUCCUCCUGGCAGGGGUUUGUCUCACUAGUCAACCUCUUUCCUUUCCUGGAUGGACCUCCUGGGGGUGAGCUGGGUCUGAGGAGGUUCUGGUUCUCACAGCUCCUGCAGACUGUAGGUUCUCUCAGGGCAUCCUUUCUGUGUUCCUGAGCCAGUGAAGGCAAGAGGCCCUCCUUCCUCAGCAACCCAGAGAGGAUCAAGUCUAGGUUUAAAUCGCUGAAAGGCAGAUUUUUAUCCCAAAAUAAGACGAGCCUUAAAAUGAGAGCAGUCUUACCAUGAAGUUAGCAGCAAGAGCCCCACAGUGGGAGGCAGUCUGGCAAGGAGGGUACAGAACCUGCACUGGAAGGAAUGUUGAACUGAGUGACAUCUGCCAAUCAAAGACCUGUGAUUCUGUUCUUCAGUCCAUCAAUGAGCAGAUGGUUGGAGGUUUUGUUGAAGAGAGAAAGCAGACAAACUUUUCUUUAGGUCUCUGUUCUCUCUCCUGUCUAGCCCCUUUCUCUGUCAUGGACUGAUACAUAAUGGUCCUGAAAGAGCUUUCAGAGACUCCUGCUACACCAAGGCUUUCUAGAGCAGCUUUGAAGUCCCCUGACUUCACUCCUCUAGGUGACACACAUAGGGACUGUCACUGACCAGCACUAAUGGUGUGCACACAGCCCUGUUGGUCAGUCCUCAUGUUUCCUUUGAUUGUGGCCAAACAGGCAGGUCUGCCCAGGCUCUGCUCCCCUUCCCAGCUAUUGGAGGUGUUAGGCAGAGAGUUCUGAUUCUUUCCCUUCUUGGCUGUGCCUGCCCUUACUGGGACUUGUUUGGGGUUCCUGGGUCUUUGGGGCAUCUCAGGAAAUAGGACAUAGCAAACAGGGGCUGCAUCAUCUUGUUGGGGCCAGAGGAAGCAGCCAUUUGUGGCAUUACCAAUCUCUCUUCCCUUCAUUCCCUGUCACUGCCUGGAAUGUCAUGUGGCAUACUGGAUGUCCUUCCAUAGAAUUUCUGGACAGCCAGCCCUGAGGCCUGCUGGCUGGGGCAAGCUGGGCCUCUCUCACGGUGGUUAGUCACAUUUGUCUUUAGCUCAUUCAUCACCACAUAGGCCUCUUUGGUCAGUUCUGGCACAAGCUGAAACAAGUAAUCAUGAGGGUGGGCAGAGCCACAGGAAUAAGCCAGGAUGGUGCUCGGAGAUCACUCUCCGUACAAAUUCUUCACAGGAGCAGAGGCUUCCAACAUAACAGGGAGCUAGGGGGCAUCAUGUUCACUCAAAUGGGCCUGUUGUUCUAGAAAAUAGUUCCUGCUGAGCUAAUCUGACCAUCAAAAUCACCACUGAAGGAACUUCCAAUUCCAUCAAUGUGACAGAUAAAAUAACCUGAAAACACUUCUGUUACAAACAGAGAUGCUGGCUAAGGUAUAAUAUUCUUUUAACUGCAAGGCUAAAUUUGCAGGAAAGAAAAGGAACUGCCAGGAGCUGGAGAACUGAAAACCAGAGCGGUCAGCGUGUGAACUGACUGUGGCAGCUAGAGAUGGGUAGAAGGUGUGUGAAUGGAUUGUUGCUCUUGAGCGUUAAUGUCCACAUAAGUACGAGAAAUAACAGUUUGGUCCAUGCCCCAUAGCAGGUGCACCAGCUCCUACAUUGCAGAUAAGGCUCCCAAUGUUGACACUGGCCAGGGCCUUUGCAAACAAGCCUGGCUAGAAAGGUUCGACGUUUACACUGGCUGCUUUAAUGGGAGCAUUGAUCUUAUCCUCCAUGACCGUCACCUCAUCAUCAUGCAGGAUGAGGGCCAGGUAGACACAGGCGAACUCCAAGCCGGAGGCCAUGGUGUGGGUGAGUGCUGGGCAGGUGCUGCUGGGUGCAGUGCUAGUCGCGGGAUGAAGUGAGGGCCUCACCCCAACGCAUCCUUAGCUUCCUCAGAAGGACCGAGCACCUUAGCAGCCAGCUGAAGAAAGCAAGAAAAUGUAUUUCUGAAGGUUAAAAUGACAGACUAGAAACAGCAAGAGAGAAUGAACUGGAUGUCGGAUCUGAAAAAAUUGCCUGGGAUUGUAGCAUAGAGGGAUGAAGAGAGAGAAUAUUGAAAGUGUGGAUAAGAGACGUGGUGGACGGAAUGAGAAGAUCGAGUAUACAUCUAAUCACAGAUCCAGAGGAGAUAACAGGGAGAUCACUCUCGGUUGUCUUGUCCAGUCUCAUGGCUUUAAACAUUAUCCAUAUGCCAACUCUCAAUUUUAUAGGUCUAGCCUAGACCGCUCUCCUGAACUCCAAACCUGUAUAGCCAACUGCUAACCUGGCAUCUCCACUUGAACAUCUAUUAAGACAUCUACAAAUCAACGUAUUUAAAACUAAAUGCCUAGGGCCGGCCCCGUGGCUUGGCGGUUAAGUGCUCGCGCUCCGCUGCUGGCGGCCCGGGUUCGGAUCCCGGGCGUGCACCGACGCACCGCUUCUCCGGCCAUGCUGAGGCCGUGUCCCACAUACAGCAACUAGAAGGAUGUGCAGCUGUGACAUGCAACUAUCUACUGGGGCUUUGGGGGAAAAAAUUAAAUAAAUAAAAAGUAUAAAAAAAAGCAAAAAACAACAAAAAAAACUAAAUGCCUAAUUGCCCCCCAAACAUGCUCCACCCACAGCCUCCUUUGUCUCAGCCCAAUCACUCAGGCUAAAGUCCUUAGUUUUGUACUUCACUCCUCUCUUCCUCUCACAGCACACAUCAAAUCUGUCAAGAAAUUCAGUAGACUUUACCUUCCUACUAUGUUAAAAAUCUGACCAUUUCUCACCACUUCUAUUGUCCCUACCCUGAUCUAAGCCACUAUCAUCUCUUGCCUGGGUACAGCUUCCUAACUGUGUCCUUGCUUCCUCCCUUGUUCUCUUAUAGUCUAUUUCCAGAACAGCAACCUAGUUGAUCCUUUUGAAAUACAUUAGAUCGCAUCACACCUCUUCUGAAACUUUUAAUGGCUCCUGUUUUUCUCAAAGUGAAACCUAAGUCCGUAAAACAACUCACAAGGCCCUAUAUGAUCUUGCCUCCUGUGACUUUACUCUCAUCCCCUCUUCCCAUUGGGCACUCUGCUCUGGCCACAUGGGCCUCCUUACUGUUCCUCAAGCAUGCCAGGCAGCUCCUGCCUCAGGACCUUUGCACUGGCUGAUCCCUCUCCUGAAACAUUCUUCCCACAGGUGUCCACAUGGCUCACUCCUUCAAUUCCUUCAAGUCUUGGCUUAAAUGUCAUCUUCUGUAGCAGAUGCUGUUGUGCCAUGAUCAUAGUUCCUUGCACUUGCCAUUCCUGCUAAUGGCUUCCUACUGAAAGGACCUGCAACUUUCUACAUAAAGCCUUUCUCAACCAUAGGUACUUAUUGUUGUAGAGUGGGCCCAAAUGCCAGGGCAUUAACACCUUUAGGAGUGGCCCUUAGCCAAUGAGUCGGUGGAUGAGUACCCUAACCUCCUCUCCCUUCAGUGGGACAACUCUGAGGCAUGUUCUCCACUAUUUCCUGUGACUUCACAAUAUAAAUACAAAUCCGCAUAUACAUAAAUAAAACCAAAGGAAAAAAAUAGUUGCUAUAUUAAGUUGGAUUUUCAAUGAAAUAAUAUUAUAAAAUAUUUAA